ACGGCCACAGCGACCCGAGUGUACGGCAGCUGCGUAAGUUUCUGCGGAAAUGAGAGUGGGAGACGUGCUUUAAGCAGUGUGCGGGCUGCGUGCAGCAUGUUCGUAGCUCGCAGAUCGUGCGUGCAUGCGUAGCCAGACCCGGAGUGCGUCGCCGGCCGCGCUGUGGGCACAAGACGAUGCGCGUGGUUCGUUGUUGUUUGCCAGCCAUAUCGACUGACUGGGACCAGCCGUCGGCUCCGGGCAGGUUAGGAAACAGUGUUCCGUGUGGCAGCAUGAAAAAAACCAAUAUGACAUCGCACUGAGAAGUCAGCGUCACCUUCGUCUGCCUCCUCGUUAGUCCGUGCUGUAGUGUCUUUUGCGUGUGAUCGAGUUUUAUGCCACGGACAGUGCCCGAUGCAAACGCCCCGUGGUAGUUCUGCAGUUUUAGCACAAUGCAGGCGAAGAAACGUUACCUGUUGGCCUUCCUAUCAUGUGCGUUCCUAGCUUACUGCUACUUCGGCGGAUACAGGUUAAAAAGUGAACGUGCCGCGCCUGCCUAUUAUGAAAGUUUGCCCUCUUACAUCGGCGUGGAAGAUCAGCUGUACGACCGAGAUUUGGAAGCCUCUCCGAGGCACAGACGGACAGAACCGAAUGUCAAAGCACAAGGAGGUUCCGGCACGCCGGCGUGCCGCAUGGAGACGUGUUUCGACUUCAGCAAGUGUGAGAAUGACUUCAGAGUGUAUGUGUAUCCGAUCUAUGAAGAUCCCGACAGUGGGACCGUACUGACGCCCAGCCCCUUGUACCAGAAAGUGCUAAAUGUGAUUCAAGAGUCGCGCUACUAUACGUCUGAUCCUAGUCAAGCCUGCCUUUUUGUUUUAGGUAUCGAUACGUUAGACAGAGAUAGUCUUUCGACUGAUUACGUACGCAAUGUUCCUGCACGGCUGCAAAAACUCAGGUUGUGGAACGACGGUCUGAACCAUGUGAUCUUUAAUCUUUAUUCGGGCACUUGGCCCGACUACCUGGAGGAUAACCUAGGUUUCGAUCCCGGCAAAGCUAUCCUCGCCAAGGCGAGUGUGUCGCUAACGCACCUGAGGCCGGGUUUCGAUGUCUCCAUUCCCCUGUUUCACAAAAACCACCCGGAGAGAGGCGGUGAGUCGGGAUACGUGACAACCAAUAAUUUUCCAGUGACUAAAAAGUACUUACUCGCGUUUAAAGGGAAACGUUAUGUCUACGGGAUAGGUUCGGAAACCCGGAACUUGCUCUAUCAUCUGCAUAAUGAGAAGGAUAUCGUGCUGGUGACGACGUGUCGGCACGGCAAGAGCUGGAAGGAAUUGAAGGACGAUCGGUGCGAGAAGGACAACACAGAAUACGACAGGUAA